AUGAGGGAAAAUUGGGGAGGAAAGGAUCGAAUUCUUUUGAUUCUAAGCAAAACGAAGGCUCAAGGGUUUAAUUUGAGCAGCUUAUUCUUUGACGAAAGGGAAGGAGAUGCUUAUCCAAAUUUAUCACAGUUGCCAAAUAUGCCUUACGAUCAACCCACUUCGGUUCAUCACGAUUUUAUCGUUCCACAAUAUUCUCAUUCCACUUGGAGUAAGAAGUCCCAUAGCGUAGGGAAGAGGAGUGAAAAUUCAGAACCAGCGUGUGCUACCAGAUCCGAAUUUGUCUUUCCUAGAGCAGCUCUAAACGAUAAGUCUCAAUGGAAGUAUGUGAUUAAUCUUCCGAAUCGAAAUCCUAAUUAUAAACAGAUCGUUCGAAUAGAACUUUGUGCGUAUCCUGGAAGUUCUUGUUCUUCACAACUUUCAUUUCCGUUUGGAUACGAAAGCCGGUGCGUUCAAAAACACAUUAAAAAGAAGCUUCUAUCAUUAGAUUCUACUGGUGAGACUAUCUCAGAAGAUCCUUUCUUCGUUCCUUCUUGCUGUGUCUGUCAAUUGGUGCGCAAUUUCAAGAGAUAAAGUGAACUUUCCGAACUUACUCAACGAAUUACAGGAGGACUUGAAAAGAACACGGUUUAUAUUUUUAAUCUAGUGAAAUAUUACCUAGAAUUUUUUUAGGUAGAAGAAGGAAAGCUGUCAAAAAUAUUAAUAUAAAAACUGUUUAUGACAAGCUGUUCAAUGAACAGCUUUUUUACUUUCAUUUAACAGAGAGGAUUAGAACUGAACAAAUGAUUGGCAUUUAUUUACUUUAUUAUUUAAUUAAGAACAUUGAUUUAUUUACAUUUAUUUACUUUAGAAUAUUAUAAUAUUCAAUUUAUUUUAUAUAAAAUCACUAUUUACUUGAAGUACCGCAGGAAGAUUCCAAUCUAGAAAAAAAUCCAUACAGUUAGAUAGGGGUUUUUCAUAAAUUUUUGCCAAAAUUACAGAAAAUAUUCUGAAAAAUUGUGUAUUAUUAAUAAUAAAAACAAAACACGUGGGAAUUAUUAUGAAAUAUUUAUUAUAUAACCUGAUAUAACGAUUUUUUUCUUGAAAAAUUUCGAUAAUUCUGAACGCGAUAAUCGGAUAUCAUGGACAUAAUGUAUGUGAACUUUGACUGUGAUGUUUUCUAAAUAUCACUUCUACAUGUAAAUAUUAUAUUGAUAAUUA